AUGAAGAAAAAACACUUUUUUAAGAAGUUCAAAGUAGUCUUACCUCCGGUGAAGAAUAUUUAUAUAACUAAUGAAUCCAUAAAAGGAAUUGCAAGUAUUCCUGUGAUAGAAGCUAACUUCCUGGAUUUGGUAUCUAAAGCCAUGGGAUUUACUUAUGACCUUAUUUUUCCUGCUGAUGGAUUGUUUGGAAAUCGUCUAGACAAUGGGAGUUGGACAGGUGUUGUUGGAUUGUUAGAUCGAAAUGAAGCUGACAUGGCUUUUGCAUAUUUAUCUAUGAAUUACGAUAGAUUUCUGAUUUUAGAUUUCAGCACAACGUAUACCAGCCAAGUUCAAACAUUUGUAACAGAGAUACCUCCUCUGAUACCAAAAACAACAGUUUUCAUGUAUCCUUUUUCUCUUAGUAUCUGGUUUACACUCUUACCUUUGGUACCUAUUGUAUCCCUCAUUGUUUACUAUUUGAUGACAAAGAAACGACCCUUUCUGACGGUCUUUACUACCAUUGGAGGUAGUUUGUUCAAACAACCAGUAAAUUUUACCAUCCAUACUGUGAGUUAUAGAAUUCUAUAUAGUUUUUGGUGGUUGUUCGUGACUUUCAUGACUAUGAGCUACAGUGCUGUCUUUCUGUCCUUCCUGACUGUCCCUCUGAGGGAGAAGGGUGUACGGACUGUUAUGGAGUUGAGCAGUGCUGUGAAGACAGGAUCAUAUAAGGCCUUGCUGCCAAAAGGGUCUUCUCUUCUGAACUUCUUACUUGAAAGCGAAUAUCGCCAUCUGCAGGAAUUGGGACAAAUCAUACAAGAUAAAAAUUGGUUUUAUGAUACAAGAGAGAAAAUAACUAAUUAUUUCGAGGCAAAGACAGCACUUCUAGGACCCAAUAUGCGAUUCAAGGGAUCACUUUAUAGAAAGAUGCGGAUUUCUGAAGAUUCUUUUGGAGUGUGGAAUGUUGGAGUGGUUUUGAAUAAAAAGUAUUGCUGCAAAAAACGAUUGAAUGAAGUGAUAUUUAGUCUUAUAAGUGCUGGAUUGUAUGAGAAGAUUAUAAACGAUGAAAUAUUUAGAUCUGGUAUUGGUACAGAUCUAGAAGAUAUAGAUGAACCAGAGAAAACUCAUUCCCUAAAUCUUGGAGAUAUGUAUGGAAUAUUUAUUCUAUUAUUUGCAGGUUACUUAGUUUCUUCAAUAGUUUUAGUUGCAGAAAUUGCUUUACAUCGUAUUUUAAAAUUUCGACGAAUUACUUAUUUUAAUUGCUCUAUUCGUAGAAAAUUUAUUUAG